AGGGCCCGCUGUUGGGCUUCAGGGGCGCAGAGGGCCUGACUCAUCCAAAAGCGCGGAGUUGCACAUGCCCUAUUUUUACAGCUGCCAGUCAUUCCCUCAAAUCCCUUUAAUCAAAGGGCCUCUGGAACUGGCCCUCCACCGCCUGAAGCUAGAAACCAAAUUAGGUUACACCGAGCAGAGCAGAGGCGUUGUCGAGCAUUGGAUGUGGAGUACGCAGCUGGGCCGGCGCCUGGUCUCUAUGGCCACCCGCAUCUGUUUGUCCCGGGGCAGCUCGGGAUCCCAGGGAGUCGGUCCGGUGGAGGCCGCCAUCCGCGCGAAGUUGGAGCAAGCCCUGAGCCCCGAGGUUCUGGAGCUGCGCAACGAGAGCGGCGGCCACGCCGUCCCGCCCGGCAGCGAGACGCACUUCCGCGUGGCAGUGGUGAGCUCCCGUUUCGAGGGAAUGAGCCUCCUGCAGCGGCACCGGCUGAUCCACGAGGUGCUGUCGGAGGAGCUGGCCGCGCCGGUUCACGCACUGGCCAUCCAGGCACAGACCCCCGCCCAGUGGAGAGAGAACCCGCAGUUGGCCACUAGCCCCCCCUGUCUUGGUGGAAGCAAGAAAACUCGAGAAACCCCUUCUGCCUAAGAGACGGGGGCGGGGGCAGAAUCGGAGGGGCUGGGUGAGAAUGAACUGUUAACUACUACCCAGUGUGGUGGUUCAUAAGGACUAGGACCCCUGGGACUCGUUCUGCUGUCCGUACAUAUUCUCUGGAGAUAACUCAUUGAAGGGCAAAGCUGACCCACCGAAAGGGCAGUCACAAACUGCUCUGUGUGGACCCUUCGGGAAGGGGAUGCCUGGUUGUUUCGUGUUAAAUUGUUACCGAGGAACUACUCCAGUCCUGAUGAAUUCGAAACAGUCCCUACACUAAGAGAAAUUAUCAUACGAGGUGCA